GCGACGUGGUGACGUCCGUUGCCAGGCGUUUGCGAAAGCGUCUUCUCUUUACUGCUCAUCAUGGCUGAUAACGUGCAGUUUUUAGCUUUGCAAUGCUGGAGCAAAUAUCUACUGCUAUGUUAAGGAACUGAUUGUUUUGUUAUCGGCCCAGAAACGGACUUUUUGGAGCUUGAAGACAAGUAGUAGUUAUUGAUCACUGCAAUCCUCAUAUGAAUACCAAAAAGACACUUGACAUGGGAGACGUUUUGACUUAUGAAGCGGAUUUGUUGGGGAUGGUUAAGGAGUACCUGAUGUUUUGUGAAUUUGAAGAAACUCUUAAACUGUUUGAGAAAGAGUGCAAAAUCAAGGGGAACUCAUCUCCAAGACCUUCAGGGAACCUUCUGAAAGAUGAUAAAGUGUUAGCUGUGCAGCAGGACUUCUUAUCUUCCUUUGAUGAUGGAGAUGUGAAGGUCUUCUUCGAGCUCUGGAAUGCACACAUUCCCACCGACAUCCGAGACUUUGACCCAGUUGCCCAGAAAUUGGAGUUCUACAUUCAGAUCCAUUUCGCCAUCUUCCCUUUGAAACACUCCCUGGGAAGAUCCGACAGGGUUAACUUUGAGGAACGGAUCACACACUUCAAGCACUACCUGGAGACCAGAGGAGCGACGCUAAGCCAGACCACCGAAUUCCUGCCCUUUUAUGCCCUGCCUUUUGUGCCCAAUCCAAUGGCACAUCCUUCAUUCAAAGGCCUCUUCCAGGAGUCCUGGAUGCCAGAGCUGAAAAGAAAACUAGAAAAGUUUUUGUCUGUGACCCUGAGAGCCUCUGGGACUCCGAGGCUGCUUACUUUGUAUAAGGAAGGUGGAAAGGACAACAAAGAGGGGCUGCGACAGCUGCAGCUGCAACUGGCCGAUGCCGAGAGAAGGGCGGCUAGCUACAUGAAGAAGUUCGGCAAGAUGCAGACCGACUACCACAACCUCAUUGGCGUCACCGCUGAGCUGGUGGACUCCCUGGAGGCCACAGUCAGUGGCAAAAUGAUCUCCCCGGAAUACCUGCAGAAUGUGUGCAUUCGACUUUUCAGUGGCCAGAUGAGGCGGAGCAGUGUGCAGAGCAUGGAUUUCACCAGACCUGGCACUGGAUAUUUCUCUAUGAGCCCUUAUGACAAUGAUGAUGGAUAUGCCUCGUCCAUGCUGAGAGCAUCCGUUGCACCUCCCAAGCCCAAAGAUGUGCCAUUGCUACCGUCUCUGGACUAUGAAAGGCUGAAGAAGGACCUGAGCAGCGGAACGGACAGGCUAAAAGCGCUGCUGCUGCAGGCGCUGCGAUGGAGGCUGACCCGAUCGCUUCCCGGUGAGCAGAGGGACACGGUGCUGCAAGCCUUUGUUGCGAAUGAUCUCCUGGAUCGCCACACGAAUGGCCAGAAAGGUGUCCUGCGUCUGAUGAAGUCGAGCGACGAGGUUGUCAGGCAGUACACGGCACGGCUGCUUAACGCCUUCGCUUCCCUCUCUGAAGGACGCAUGUACCUCUCACAGAUCCCUUCCCUGAUGAAAAUUUUGGAACGUGCUUUGAAGACCGAGAGGAAGGAUUCAGUGACGAGGGAGAAUGUUCUAGGUGCUUUGCAGAAGCUCAGUCUCAGGAGGCCUCAGCAGUCGGCCAUGAUCGAGCACGGGCUGAUCUCCUGGCUGGUGGAUGAGCUGCAGGAGUCGGACAGUCUUUCAGACUAUACUCUGGAGUACUCCGUGGCGCUACUUAUGAACCUCUGCUUACGAAGCCAAGGCAGGAAGAAGUGUGCCGAGAGAGCUGACCAAGUACUGAGGGUCCUCACAGACCUACUGGGACAUGAAAACGAUGAGAUCCGGCCGUACGUGAAUGGUGCUCUGUACAGCAUCCUGGGCAUCCCUGCUGUGAGAGGCAAAGCCAGGGAGAUGAGCCUGGAGGAGAUACUGCGCUGCUACGCUAAGGAGGGGAAUCCCGAGCUGAGCCGGCAGAUAGAGUUCAUCAUCAAGCAGCUCAAUUCAGGGGAAGUAUCUGAAGAUGGACCUGAAUCAGAUGAUGAAGAGGAAGAGGAUGAUGACGAGGACGAUGCAAUGGAGGCAGACCUCGACAAAGAGGAGGUGCUUCAGCCGGAGCUCGAGGAGCUCUCGGGAGAAUCCCUCCUCACCACGGAGUACCUGGGGAUCAUGACCAAUAUGGUCAGAUCCAAGAGGAGGACAGCAACCCCACUGGGCCAGAGCAUCGACGAACCUCUUCAACGGCCAGUGACCCCCAGUUCACACCGAAAUGUCUACGUGGUGGACUUUCGUUCAGGCAGUAACUUUCAGCCCCCGCUGUCCCGCCGGAGGAGCAAGGACAGCCUCCCCUGCUCUGACAGUGACUCCCGGCCCCCGACUCGCAGCAGCAGUGCAAACUCUGUGCACCCAUUGCUGGUCAUGGACUCGGAGAGUGAGCGCUCCUCUCAGGAGUCGGGUUUGAGCCGACGCUUUGAAGCCCCUCCCCCACUGGCAGAAGGGGAGUACACCGGCAGCUUCAGCAGCGAUCAGAUUCCUGGAUUUGCUAGCCGGCCAAAAAUUCCCCGGACCCCUGACAAUGAUGGAACAAGUCCCCGUAGGCCUCGACCUUUGGCCCCAGCCUCAGCCCCCACGCCUACAUUCUCAUCAUCGGGCCCACAGCAGGCCAGCAGACCCAGUUCUGCUGGUUCUCUGGGCAGGAGCAACAGACAGAUCUACAGCCGGACUAUUAAGAUGGCAGCCUGUGGGCCACACGGGGCCCAGAAGCAGCCUCCGAGUGGCCUAGCCCAUGCUCCCGCCACAAAAUAGGUCAUCAGUUAUUCAGGAAGUGAAGGUGGACCUUUCACCAUGAGUGUCCAUCCGUUCUCACUAGAAGAUGCUCUAACUUCCUGUGACUCAGAAAGUCCAAUAAGAGGCUCUUCAACAUCAAGAUACUGUAAAUCUUUUGGCUCCAGCACCAGAACAUUUGAAACACUUUCACAUGAGACCCAAGAGCAUGCAGUCAAAACCAAUCAUGAAACAAGUGCCUUUUAUAUUUUGCCUGAAUAAACUGCUUGCGUGCCGUUUCAGAAUUUUCCUUCAUUCACUGACCACACCCCCAUUGUUUUGUAUGACAUUGGCUUUGAUUUUACUGACCUCAUUUUAAGGUGAAUAAUCAGUGAAUGUCUUUCUUAUAAUAAUGUUGUGUGGAGUGCUAGACUUUGAUGCUGUUUUAAAAAGACCAUGCUAAUUGCAUAUUUUUGAUCCAUCCAAAUGUUUUCUGAAAUCUCUCUCUUGUCAGAAGUCAGUAUAUUGGGAUCAGCUUGGUGGUGCAGACGUGUGGUUGCUUAGGUGACGUUGCCCUUUCCCCCGUGACCUGCUUGAAUUCCAGUUUGUGAUGCCCAUAUGAUUGUCAGCUCACCUUUCUCCUCGCUGCUGCCUGCUGGAGGGAAGCAUGCCAUGAAAAGAUUCUUGAAUAUGUUCUCUCUCUUUUUCUUACAUUCAAACACUGUUUAAAAAUUAAGUGAAGUACUCAGAUAUCCAGUCUCCCUUUUUACCGGUAUUUUCCUUUCCUUUUUUUUUUUUGUUUGCAUGUUCUCCCAGUGUCAUCAUGGGGUUUCCUCUGGGUCCUCCAAUUCCCCCCCCCCCAGUCCAAAAACAUGCUGAGGUGACUUGGAGUGUGAUGGGUUGAUGUCCCAUCCUGGUUUGUUCCCUGCCUUGUGCCCAUAGCUUCUGGAACAGGCUCCAGACCCCCGCGACUCUGCAUAGGACAAGUAGCUAUGGAUGGAUGGAUACAUUUUUUCUAAGUCAUUUGAUAUUAAUAUAUUGACGAGCUUCUGCAAAGGGUGGAUAUAGACAUAUCAGUCAAAUUAAGUCUUGCUAUUUUUUGCAGCCUGACUUGUUUUCAGCUUAAUUCAAUGGCUUUAUCUGAUUCUACAUCAUUCUUAUGGGCCUUAUGUUCACCUAGAAGUCAUCUAAUAUUUAAUCUUUGUUUUGGUUUAGCUAUGCUUUAUACUAGUGGUAACAAAAUAAGAACGAUGUACUGUAAUUUAUUUCUGUGACCUUGACAUUUGCAUAUUGUUUUUUCAAUCCUUCAUUCUGAAUUUCCAGAAACCACAUUUCUACAUGUAAUUUGUAUUAUACUCUAACUUUGAUUUUACAGUAUGGGAAGAUUAUACUUUGGUAUUAUAAGUUGACAUAGCAUUACCAUAAUUACUAGACCUCGGUAUAGGCGUGUCUGUCACUUGUUGCAUUUUAUUUCUGAUGUAUUGAAUAGUUAUUUUUGUACAAGUGAUAAAUUUGUGACGUGAAAAAA